UGUGUGCUCAAAGACUUCACAAGCAAGACGACAACUAUCGGAGUCCGUGCGACCGACAGCAACACAUCUUCCAACAACAUCUCUCUCUUCAUCUAUCUUUUGGUCAUAAUAUACAUCAUAUAUUCACUCCCUUGUGAAUUCACUUCUGCUAUAGCUUCCAAGACUGACGAGAGUUCAGCACGGGGCACGAGGGGAACAAGGCGUCGGUGGCGAUGGCCUCGUGGUUCAGUUGGAGCAGCGAGCCGGACUACCGGAGUCCGCGACGGGACCCGUCUGACGUGGUCAUGGACACCCUGAUGCUGGAGCUCAACUGGCAGCUGAAGGAGGCCGAGAGGAUGCAGCGUGAGAGGGAUAGCGAGUACCGGCGCCUCCAGACUGGCGUGGACUACAGCUGGCUGGUCAACACGCCACGCAACACCUAUGACGUGUCACCUGGUGAGAAGCUGGGCCUGGAGGACCUGUGCUCCAAGGUGCAUCCAUCCUAUUGCGGAGCUGUCAUACUGAGGUUCCGCCAGUUGGUGACUGAGAACGAGCCGGAGGUGCAGGAGGUACCUGCCCUUUUCCGCACAGUCGUCCUCGAGGCCUUGGACCGCAUGAGGGAGGAGCAGGAGGCGCAGCGGCUCUCGCGCCAGUGGAACAACAAACGGGCCAUGAGCAUGUCUCUCAUGAACUUCAAGUCACGCGUCAAGAUCAACCCCUUUGGCAGCACCUUGGGCCUGACCUCGACUGGAGGGGGAGGGGAGGGUGUGUGCGAGCUGAAGACGGUGUCAGAAGACGUGGAGAAGGCGCUGGAGGAAAGGGCUGACAGGUCCCAGAGGGUGUGGAGCAUGCCCAACUUCAGACAUAAAGGGCUGUACACUACCAAGGCCGUCUGAGCUGGGAAUCCACAGGACAGUGUUGUGGUUCAGUGGAGGAUAGAGCAACGCUAGUGAGAGGUAGCCUAUAAUAAACCCCCGGAACCUGCCCAGUCUGCUUUGAACAAGAAUGGGGAGAAAUAGGAGACAUGUCUCUCCCAUCCUCUCCUUCGGCAGUGUGGGGUCAUCCACUAUUGAAAGCUUUUGACUUAUGAAUUUUAUAUGGGGAGCUAUGCUAAGGAUAUUUCACAAUGUUUUGAGAUUUUCAGACACAUUCUUUGCUGUACCUUUAUUGUAGAUUAGAUAGUUUCUAAGAAAAUUGUGUUGCAUGCACUUACUUUUACUGUGCUUUUUUCUUCUUUAUAACAACAUAAUACCCCGGAGCUACAUGUAUUUAAAUUGUAGUUAACCAAUGAGACUUACACAUGAAACAAUCAACAAGUUCUGUUUUUUUCUCAAGCAUUUUUUUGGCACUGUAAAGGGAAGUGCUGCUUAUCAUGGCUUUUUAGUGACCUUUUUAUAACUUGAAAAAUCAACAGUAAACUGACUGCUCUAUUGGAGUGGUUACCAUGACAUUGUAGAUUAUAUCAAUCUUCGUUGAUAGUUGGAAUACAGUGCAUCUUGAUCUC